UCAGCGCUACAGGCUGCGACCCAAACACGGAAGUGACUCAAAGCUCUACGAAAGCAAAGGUUCAGGCUCUUCUGUUGUCAGAAAAAAUGCGACAUACACGUUAUUAUUCAUGUGAACAGUUAGAAACACAGAAACGUUAAGUCGCAUUGUUUGCUGAAGAUGGCUUUCUCUUGGGUUCUUGUUGCGGUGUUAUCGUUUGUUCUCGCCAUCAUUGGGCACAUCCUGGUGAUGCCGCCUUCACUGCCCUCCGUCCUCGGCGGUACCGUCGGUGUGUGCUCCCUGGCCGGGAUGGCGCUCAUCUGGAGGGACGUGAGCUCGAGGAUGAAGGGUGAGGGCCGGACGCUGGGCAGUCUGCUCAGCCAGUAUCUGGCGGUGAAGGGUGUGGGCUGGCUGGGCAGGCAGCAGAGAAAGAAGCUCGAAGCCGAUACUCUCAACGUGAAGCUAGUCCAGGAGCAGACUCUGCUGAAGCGCCUGCGCAAAAACGCAGACACAUGUUAUGGAAGACAGUACGACUUCAACUCAAUUACAGACAGCGUUGGCUUCCGAGCGCGUCACCCCAUCACCACAUACGAGCACUACCGCGAGCUCAUCAGACGCAUCGCGACAGGAGAGGAGAAGGUGAUCAUUGCUGAGAAACCGCUGAUCCUGGCCAUGACUUCUGGGACGUCGGGAGCCAGCGCCAUGCUGCUCAGCACCAAGGACACCAACACGGAGUUCUUCCUGCAGGGAGUGACUGUGUGUUUGGAUGCCAUGGGAAGAGCAUUUCCUGCGACGGACAGCCUUCAGCGCACCACCAAGUUCUUCUACUCGCCUACUUUUCGCCAGUCUGAGGCCGGUGUUCCCAUCGGACCGAACUCCUCCACGCCAGCCUCCUCCCGCCACAUGCUCAACCUCUACACCACCCCAGCAGCCGCCUUUGAGGUUCCCAGUGAGAAGGACACCCUCUACUUGCAUCUCCUGUUUGCUCUCAAAGAUCCCAGUGUGGGAACGCUGGAUUCCAACUUUGCUUCCACAGUCUUCUAUGCUUUCAGUGCUUUACAGGAUCGCUGGCAGGAGCUUGUUGAGGACAUUGAACAAGGGGAGGUUAGCAGCGCUCUGGCUCUGGAGACCAAAGUGAGGUCCAGGCUCGAGGCUGCGAUGAAGCCGGACCCAGAGAGGGCCGCUCAGCUCAGGGCCCACUUCCAGGAAGGUUUCUGUGGGAUCGCCAAGCGGCUGUGGCCUCACCUCCACCUGGUGCUGGCAGUAGACUCAGGCUCCAAUCAGAUCUAUGGGGAAAUGUUGAGGGAGAACUACUGCCGGGGAGUGCCUUUCUAUUCGCCUUUCUACGCUGCUACUGAAGGUCUGAUAGGGGUGAACCUGUGGCCUCAGGAGCCAAACAGACGCUACAUGCUGUGUCCUCGUUCAAUGUUCUGCGAGUUCCUGCCAGAGAGCAGCCUGGAGGAGGAGACCCCUCACACGCUGCUGAUGGAGGAGGUGAAGGAGGGACAAAACUACGAGCUCGUCAUCACAAACGCUUCAGGACUCUUCAGGUAUCGCAUUGGAGACAUCGUGAAAGUAGUCGGAUUCCACAACCAGUGUCCCAUUGUUGAGUUUCAGUACAGACGGGGUCAGAUGUUGAGCGUUCGGGGGGAGAAAGUUUCUGAGGCAUUGUUCCUCAAUGCUCUGAAGAAAGCGGUUGCUCAGUGGCAGGGAGCUCAGCUGGUUGACUACUGCUGCGCUGAGAGCGGCAUCAUGGGAGAUUCCAUAGGCGGCUCAGAUCCUCAUUACCAGGUCUUUAUCGAGAUGAAAGGUGUGAGAAACCUCACAGAGGAGCAACGAUACAAGUUGGACAUCUGUCUCCAGCAGGACUCUGCUGUCUACAAGUCCUUUCGUGUCAAAGGCAGCAUCGGACCGAUGAGGGUGCAGCUGGUGGCGGAGGGUGCGUUCAAGGAACUCCGCAAACAAAUGAUGGCCUUCUCGAACACCUUGCCCAACACCUUCAAAAUGCACCGAGUGCUGCGCAGGAAAGAAUACGCUGACUUCCUCCUGGGAAAGACCGUUUCCUGAAACCUCCCGUUGUUUGCGGAGAAAGAGACAAAGCUUGUGGACUCUGUGCAAAAUCUGGACACAACAGCAGGAGAUGUUUCGUCUCCGUAUUCCCUUUUGUUUCUCCUGGUAGACGGAUGUAACACACUGGAUGUAAAGUUAAGUAUGCAAUGUGUAGCUCUAGUUAACUCAGAUACAUCAUUUUUCUCGACUUGCUUCUGACGUUUGUCUCCAGAACUGUCAUUUAAUCUCAGCAUGCUCUCUUUCCUAAAUUACCAUAUUCAGAUACUGUUGCACUGGACUCCUGGAGUGAGCUCCCAGUUUCUGCUCUCCUUAAGUCCUGUUGGCAUUUUAAAACCAGAUUAAUGGAAAGAUUCAAUAUAGUGUAGACUGCGCCUCAUGAUUCCCAUGCCAGCAUGCAGCAAACGGGAUUAGCUUGCUCGUUUCUGCCUGCAUACUUGAUUUAAAUCAGACUGUACUUGUGCUAGUGCAUACACUACCAGUGGCAGGAUUUAUUGUCACCACUAGGGGGGGUAGUCAUGUAGGCAAGACUUCUACAAUAGCUGUUAUCAUGCUGUCUACCACAGGUCUUAUUGUCUUAAUUUAACAGUGGAUUCUUAGUCAUGACUUUUAGUGCCUUCAUCUCGAUUACUGGUCUCUCAUUGUAAGUCAGAAUACAUGAAAUCUCAGGCUGUAAGAGAUUUCUGAAGUUUAAAUGUAGCAAAGAGGUCUUUUUUUUACUGGCAGAUCAGAGAGAGUAGAGACUUAUAAUAAUGUCUUCAGCAUCAUUAUGUAAUUUAAUGAAAAUGAUAUACUUAGAAUACUAAACAAGCCCACGUCUGAGAUGACCCUCUUAACUCUCGUGUUGUUGCAUGACACGCUUCUCUCCUUCACAAAAUGGGCUAAUAUUUUUAGUAACGUCCCAUUUCAGCAGAGAUUUGUCACUACUUGCACUUUAUUUCGUCUUCAUAGUGUGAUCAGGCCGAAACAGGAGUCAAAUAAGCCGUUUCAUGACAUGGAGACUCGAGGGAACAGAGGCUGAGAUGUUGAAGCUGUAUAUAUAUUCAUAUUUUAUUAUGCCUGUUUAGUGGGGUUCCAGGGUAUAAUAUAAUGACAGCAUGGUAGGUAAAUAUUUCCAGUUUCUUUAUCCUCUCGCCAUGUAUUUGUUUAUUCGUGACAGAGUGUCGUCUUUCUCUGAUUGGUGUUUAGUGAAAUGGUGUGUGUCUGUCAUCCUCACAGGCCUCGAGGAUUUACGCGCGCAGAGCUUCUUGGCACAUCUGUUCAGUCACAAGUUAAUUCAAUGUAAACAGCAGGGAUUUGAGAAUGACAGGCCUGUUUUCUCAAUGGGUUUGCUGAGGGAUGGAGGGUGUAUUUGAUUGAGAGAGGAGACGUUGCAUGUUGAGUAAAUGAUGCCGACUACAGAGAUUAUCUAUCCUACAGUUUAAAUCAGGAUUGUAGCUGCAGAUUUUCAUUGAAGUUUAAAGUUGUAGAUAAGAGUCCUUUUUGUAAAUAUAACAAACAAUUGUUCAAAGAUGUAUUCAACCCUUUUUAAAGCACCUCCAAAAUCUGGGAAAAUACCAGCAGAACUGUGGGAAAUAUAGUUAGGAUCAUAUUUCACCUGGCCGUCUGUGCGUCACUCUGUCGUAUUAGACUAGUAGCUAGUGAGCAUGUUUAAUGGAUUAGACUCUUUAUUAGCGACAAGCAGAGAUGGAUGAACUACAAGAAGAGAAGUCAUUAAAAAUAAAUAGCAGCGAUGAGCUGCCAGGGCUUGAAUAGAAUCCGAGAGGAGGAACAGUACUUCCUUACAGUCUGAGAGCCAGUCUUUGACUUUCACUGGUUGUGUUUUUCCUCUUUGUUCUCCCAAUGCAGCUCACCUGUGCUGCCAGCCGGAUGGAUUGAUUGUGCUUUUUUUUUCUCCAGCACUUUCUCUCUGACAUCAUAUCAAUGUUGAGUUCAGAAAAUUGUCUUUUCUAACACUCAGAAACAGAAUGUAUCAGACUCCACACAUGUACACAUGUUCUCGCUGCAAAUAACUACAUGCACACAGUACUAUGGCUAUUAUCAUUCACCUCUUCCUUGACCUGUUUAUUCUCAUCUCAGUUGCUGCCGGGACUGCCAAAACAGAUCAAAACCAAACUUUUCCCCCCCCAAAGAUUACAAACUUCAUUUCUGUCUUGAGGAAGCGCCCACACAGCUGCUGAAUCUGCUCAAGUUUUCCCAGAUUACCGACGCCUUCACAAGAAACUUGUAUAUUUCGUUUUCUUUUCUCAUCCAUUUCUGUUUGC